CUGGCAGCUAGCUGUGGGCAUUCAUCCUCGAUUUGGAGAAAAGAAAAAGAAAGAAGACAUUUCCUUCCGAAUUGAGGAAGGGAAAGGUGUCUUGGAUGGCCAAGUCAUCUUCCUUAGCUAUCACGUUGAUCUGCGCCGCCACGGUAUUGGUGGCGAUGAGUCGGUGGCCGACAGCCGUGGGCGGCGGGGACCACCACUUGGGAAUGGGAUGGGUUUCCAGCACGUGCAAGGGGACCAUUGCUGAUUGCCUGGGAGGGGAGGAGUACGAGUUGGAUUCGGAGAUCAACCGGCGCAUCUUAGCCACCAACAAGUACAUCAGCUACGUUGCGCUGCAGAGGAACACUGCUCCCUGCUCUCGCCGCGGCGCCUCCUACUACAAUUGCCGACCCGGAGCACAGGCCAAUCCUUACAGCCGUGGCUGCAGCGCCAUUACGAGGUGCAGGAGCUGAAUUUUCCUUUUUUUAAAAAUUUUUUUUUUCGGAUGUGAAUUGGAAUGUGUUUUGUUGUUGUUGUUAUUGUUAUAUAAAAUAGUUAUUAUUCACGAACAUUUGUGGUAAUGGUAAUCCAUUUCGGGUUGCUGUUGUGAGAAUACACUGCAUUGCUUCUUCUUAAUACUAGUAUUGUUGUUUAUUUGGAUUUGAA